UCAGCAUGCGAGUAUGAGCAACGCUGAUGCUCCAUACCACCAGGGGGCACCGAGUGGCCAGUAUAUGGAUAUGUACCAAUAUCCUGAUGCUUAUAUGCAGAUUCUGACACCAGUUCCUGAACCUCAAGAACGAGGCCAAACAGCAUCUCCACCAGUAGUCCCUCUUAGAGAGCAGAGAACAGGCAUGGCCCCUGAGAUUAAACAGCCCAUAAACCCAAACCCCACAAACCCAAGCUCUUCUCCAGGGUCCAGAAGUAGCCCACUGGCAGGGAGCCAGUCUAACCUCAUUGGGCAGCUCAGAGAGCAGGCAGACAGUUCAACAUCAAGCUCCUGCACCCCAUCCAGCACAAGCUCACCAGCAUCCUCCACAUCCCCCAGCCCGCAAAACACUGUGUCCUCACCCAUCCCAAGGUCCUCCCCCACUCUGUCCAUGUCUCUGGCAGUGUCUGAAACGAAUAGCAUCGCAGCCAAAUCUAGACUCUCACCUAUAUCUGAAGAGAAAAAGUCUAUUGUCACAGUGGGACGCUUCAAAGUCAGUCCAAGCAAGGAAAUCCCCAUUCCAACUCCCAGCCUGACGCCAACUCCCACCCCUACAGCUACGCCCACAUCCAUACUGACCCAAACAUGCUCUAUAACAGAUCCUCAAGCCACGCCCCCUGCACACAACAGCCAAUCAGACAGCAGCACAGACGUACAGGUGGAAUCAGAAAGCAGUCACAGCUCUCUGAAUGAGUCCCCACCACUUAUCAAACCACCUAGUGUGGCUUUGUGCCUCUCAGACAGGGUCCCCUUGUGGACUGGAGGAACUAAACCACUGGACAGAGAAGUUGUAGAACCAGACGAGGGACGUGGAGGUGAAGAAGGGGAGGAGGAGGAGACAGAAAGGAGGAGGAGGAGAAUAAGUGUAAGUUUGCUGGAAAGUUCAGCCGGGAGUCCUCAGUUCAAUCUAAAUCAGCCGUGGAUGAGUUACACACGCAGUACCUCGUACGCUAGCAGCGACGAGACAGAGAGUGAAGACGAGGGAAUGUAUGAGGAGCUACAGGAACUCAGAGAGAGGUGAGCCUGUAGUAUGUUUUGUGGGUUGCUUGUGGUACAUUCCUGCAAAUCCCUGUACAUUUUAUGAAGUG